CAGCAGCUUGCAAUAGCAACCGUCCGAGACAACAAGAGAAAGCGCCAGAAAUAGUUCCGUGCAAAGUACCAUGCCCAUGCGCUAAGGCGCCUACCCAAUGCAGGUAGCAAUUCCAAUAAUUCCAGUCAUUUACAGCUAAGGUACAUGUGUAUCCCUUGAAACUCUCUUCCAAAGAAGGAAUGCAUGACCAUCCGAUCUCAAUUCAUCUACAGUUACAGGUCUUACUUUGAUGUAUCUAGUACCUUAGCAAUACAUUUACAUUCAUAUUCGACCCACCGCUUUCUUUUUCCCUUUUCAUUUAUCAUUUACACUUCUUGAUCUCAACUAUUCUUAUCAAGCUUCUCGUCGUCACCAUCAACUUUUCCUUCAUUCUGAUCCUCCAGAACAACCCGACCUAUUCUAUCAUUUUCGGCGUUUGGACGCGAACAAAACAUCUCCGUAUCUGAAUAAAAAUUCCGAAUUCAACUUACAUCUAUCAAAUCAUUCCAGAUGGCUAGUCACGAUUACUACCAACAGGGUCCUCCCCAGGGUUAUGGUGGUGGCUACCCGCAACAGCCUCAACCGGCAUACGGUCCUGCUCAAGGCCAGUACUAUGGCCCGCCUCAAGGUCAACCCCAGAUGCAAUACCAGCAACAACCCCCGCAAGAAAGAAAGCAGGGCGGCGGUGGCUGUCUCCAAGGCUGUCUGGCAGCACUGUGCUGUUGUUUCGUCUGUGAGGAGGGAUGCGAGUGCUGUGCCGAUUGCUGCGAAUGUUGUUUCGAGAUGUGUUAAGGUGGCCCCUGUCUAAGCCGAUACGAUAACGACGCCCCCGACGAAAUGAGAUGGCGGAUCGGCUACACUUGAAGGAGUGUGCUUCAGGAUGAGGUGUCGAAUAAUAUUGCGCAUGCAAACUGCUACCUCGACGGUGCACUUCGACACUAAGAAUGAAUAAAAUUCGAUAGGGCGAUGGGUCUUUUUGCAAAUGUUGGUGCGAUGAGAUUACCAAUGCUUCUAUAGCAGACGCAUUUAUCCUAUUAUUAUUUUUCCUUCAGUUCAUGAGCAAAUCCAAGUUUCGGAAUUAGUUUAUAUGAUAUUGGGCCAGCUUCUUUUGGUUUUAUGACAUAGGCACGGAUAUAGGCUCCUCGCCUUUUCCAGAACACCAUUCGAAUGUUAGCAGUGAUGCGCGUCAGUACUAUGGUAAUUCGUGAAAUUUAGGAUUUCUUUUAUGCCCACAUUCUCGGUCCAGACCGAGCAUUAUUUUUAUCACCACAGUGGACAUCUUAGUGAAGUCAAGGCUUCUUAGUCUAAUGGCUUCAUUGCGCGUGCAUGAAACUGGGGAUCCCAUAGAUGUACAUACUAGGUUACAUUCCUUGCCCUUUAUUAUAUUUCCCUUUAGUUCAACCACCAAUAAGAAAAACAGCC